GAGCAAAUCCACCCAAUGGAUGUUCAGAUGGUCGUGUUUCAUUGUGCGGAUGGUUUCCUGAAGCAGCUGAUGGUCACUAAACUGUCCCAGUGUCAGUACGCUCUGCCUCUGCUUGUUCCUGAUCCAUUCACACAGCAGAUUGAGUUUCCUCUCUGGACAUUCAGACAAAUCAACAAGAGCUGGAAGAUGAGAAACACCAACAAUGAGGUCAUCAGUCAAACCCAUCCGAUCUACAAGGCACAAACUCCAAUGGUGUUUUUUUUCAGGUUUGGCUCCGUGUCUUCAUCUAAGUCUCAGCUGAUGAACAGUCUGAUCAAUGAGAAACACAACACGUUCUUCCACCGGAACUGCCCAGGCGGCAGCAGAACCAGAGUCCUGAUGGAUGGAGUGGUGGAGAUCGCCUGGUUCUGCCCCUCUGGGAAAAACACAGAUAAAUUCACUAAUUGUGUUGCUUUCUGUAAUCUACACGGUGAUGCAGGAGAACAUGAGAAACAGCAGCAGAUCCUCACUGAAAUGGCCUCAGUAAAUGUUAUUAUUCUACCACGACUGGACAGGAAUGACAGACAUGCAGAAAAGAUCCAAAACCUGUACAGGAACAGAAAGCCACUCAUUUGUAUUUUUACUAAGGAUGAAUCUGCUGUAACCGAGAUGAAAAAAAGAAGAUACAAAGUCGGUUUGAAAGGCAGAAAUCAGUCAGAUGUAUCUGAAGAACUCAGACGAGUAAUAAAUAAGUGUCUCUUGGGAUCAUCUUCCACUUUCAGACUUGAAGAUGUGUCCAAACACACAGAUAUCAGAGUAGAUGAGGAAUAUGAUGAUGACUGCAGGAGAGGAAGAGAAGCAGCACAGCAGAUGAUGAGUUUACUGGAGAAGAAAGAUCUGACAGAAAUCAAGGAAUCAUGUCUGCCUCAUCAGGGGAAACUGUGGCAUCAGUGGAGUCAGAUGAACAAAGAACUACAUCGACCUCGAGCAGAUGAGACAGAAAUGGACUUCAGUAGGAAACACACGGAAAUGAAGAAAAUCCGUGAGCAACAGCAUAAAUCUGAUGUCAGCAGGUUUAUGAAGCUCUUUAUUAGAGAAAUGAACUCAGAUACCACAAACAAGACGUUUUUCCUCAAAUGGCUCAGAAUCCUCCUGGAUGAACAUACAUCAGCUGAUCUUUCUGCUCUACAUCACAAAUAUGAUGAAAAAUGUUCAACGAUCCUAAAACUGAGGGGGAAUCAUGAUAAACCUGAACAACUUAAAGCUGAACAGACUGAACUUGAGAGAAUAUCUGAGAAACUUCAAGCUGCAGCCUUUGGUUUGGAGCACGUCAUGAGGGAGGUUGGCCAGAUUUACGAAUCAUGUUCAUCUGUCAAGAAGAACAAGGAAGACUUGCAGUUUCACUUCUCUUCUCUCCCGAGUCUUGCAGCAGAGAUGAUGAUCUCUGGAUUUCCACUGGAGUUGAUGGAUGGAGAUGCUGCUCAUGUGCCUGUGAUCUGGAUCUCUGCUGUUCUAGAUCAACUCAUCCAGAAACUGGGAGACCAGAGAGUCUUUGUGCUGUCAGUUUUAGGGAUUCAGAGCACUGGGAAAUCAACCAUGCUGAAUGCAAUGUUUGGACUACAGUUUGCCGUCAGUGCUGGCAGGUGCACCAGAGGAGCUUUCAUGCAGCUGCUCAGAGUGUCAGACGAGAUGAAAACACAGAUGAACUUUGACUAUAUUCUGGUUGCUGAUACUGAAGGUCUUUAUGCUCCAGAACUGGCUGGAAAAUCAACAAGACAUCAUGACAGUGAAUUGGCCACAUUUGUUGUUGGUCUUGCAAAUCUGACCUUGAUCAACAUCUUUGGAGAAAACCCAUCUGAGAUGCAGGACAUUCUUCAGAUUAUUGUUCAGGCCUUCCUGAGGAUGAAGAAGAUCAGACUGAAUUCCAGCUGUGUGUUUGUGCAUCAAAACGUUUCAGACGUUACAACUGGAGAGAAAAACAUGGAGGGAAGGAGACGACUGCAGGAGACACUGGAUGAAAUGACAAAACUCGCUGCUAACGAUGAAAUAUGUGAUGCAGAAAGUUUCAGCGAUAUCAGUAGAUUUGAUGUUCAGAAAGAUGUUAAGUAUUUUGCUCAUCUCUGGGAAGGAAACCCACCCAUGGCACCACCAAACCCAAACUAUUGUGAGAACAUUCAAGAUUUAAAGGAAACUAUAAUAAUUCAUGCAUCAAAAUCACAUGGAAUAAUGCUGAAAGAUUUCAACGAUUAUAUUAAAAAGUUCUAUACAGACUUAUUGAAGGAACGAUUCAUCUUCAGCUUCAGAAAUUCUCUGGAGAUUUCAGCUUACAGGAAACUGGAGACUAAAUACAGGAAGUGGUCCUGCAGUCUUCGCAGUGCCAUGAUGGAAACUGAGAACAAACUACACAACAAAAUAGAAUAUAAAAUAAUUAAUGAGGUUGAGGAAACUGACCUUCAAAGAGAAAUGAAGGAGACAAGUGAAGAAGUGAAAAAAUCAAUGUCAGAAUUCUUUGAGAAAGACAGAGAUAAAGAUAUACUGAUUCAGUGGAAAACAUCAUUUGAAAUAAAAAUCAGAGACCUUCAGGAAAACAUUGUGAGAGAAACAAAGAGGAAAUUAAAUGAGAUUCUUCAACAGCCACACCUAAAGAAAAAGAUUGAUGCUCAGAGGACACAUCAUGAAAACACUCUGUAUGAAAAGAGCAAAGAACUUGCCUUAAAACUCCGAGACAAAGCAAAUGAUGAAGAAAAACUGAAGAAAGAGUUUGAUUUGUUUUGGGAACAAAGUGUGAAGAAGAUCAGAGACAAUCCUCCAAUCAAAGAGAUUGAUAUCGUGAGAGAUGUGAGAGAGAUUCUCAGUGACAACUAUAAAAGUGCUCCUAUAGAUCACUGGAGGGAGACCAGGGAUAUCUUCACUUUGCCGAGUUAUUCAGAUUAUGUAAAUUGCAAAAAUUUCACAAACAGUGAGAAAAAUGAGGUUUUCAGAACAGCAAAAGAAACUCUGUCUCCAGAGCAUGAAGCCCAAAUAAGAUCAUUAGUCACAGAUGUUAUUCAGCAGACAGACAACAUGAUUCAGUCAUUUAACAUUUCAAAGAUGGGCUACAAUAAAAGCUGCCUUACACAACUCAUAGACUACGUCAAGACAAGAGUAACAGAACAUCAGAAAUAUGUGUUCAAGAAUGAAUUCUUCAUGGAUUUGGUUCUUUCCAUCUGUAAGAGAGCAAACAAAAUGAUCACUGACCAACACAGACUGUUCAGAGACGCCAAUGAUCCUGAAAUAUAUGUUGAGAAGAAGAGAGAAGAGUACUAUAGUAUUUUCCAGAAAUACUGUCAUGGAGCUGCUUCAGCUGCCAUUUUUGGAGAGAUCAUCUGUCAGAAACUCAAAGAGCCCAUUGAGCAGAGCGUCUACAAGAAGACUGCCAAAGAUCUGACAGAUGAAAUGAGAUCAAACUGUGAAUCACUGAAUGGAAACAGAUCAAAUCUGGAGAAACACAUCCUGAAGACACUGGCAGAAGAGGAGGAUUUUGACAAAUACAUGAACUACAUUAAUAAUUCCAGAGAUCAUUUCAAGGAUUUCAUAAGAGAUGAAGUGAGUCAGUACAUCACUGAUAAGUUCAGUGUCAGUGUUUUGCCAAAGAUGAAGGAGAAUAUUAAACUCCUGCAGCAGAAGAUCAUGAAAGCAGCACAUGAAUCUACUGAACUUGUUCAAGAGAGCAGAGGAGAUGUUGGUUUGUGGUUGAAGAGUUUCACACAGCAGCUCUCAGAUGAGCUGAUCUUCUCUGAAAAGGACCUCAGUGGAGUCAAACAUGAUGGUGUUAAAGAUUUCAACCUCAUGGAAAAUGUGAUAAAAAAAGAACUUCCUGCUAUAAUGUCUGAUAUCAACAGUAGAUUCAACACAAAGUCAUUUGAUGAAAAACUGGACUAUAAAUUCAGGCCAGAAGAGCUUCUGAUUGAUCACUUCUGUCAGUGCUGUUGGGUUCAGUGUCCGUUUUGUGGAGCCACCUGCACCAACACCAUAGAAAACCAUCCUGGAAAACACAGUACUCCUUUCCAUCGUGUUACUGGACUAAAAGGGAUGAAAUACAGGAAUACAACAAACUUGUCAAUUAGCAUCUGCACAUCAGCAGUAGCAAGUUAUCGAUCUUUUUAUCCCAAUGACUCUAAAAAGUCAGUCUCCUGGAGAGAAUAUAGAAAUGCAGGAGGAAUUUAUACAAACUGGAGCAUCACCCCUGAUCUCUCCGAACUGCUCUACUGGAAGUGGUUUGUGAGCAGAUUCCAGAAAUAUCUGAAGAAAUACUACAAUAAAACAUCAAUAGGAUAUUUUAAAAUACCAGAUGAAUGGAAAACAUACUCAAAACAGGCUGCUAUUGAAAGUUUGAAUCAGUACAUGUAA